UACUAUCGUAGUCCCACUUUUGAACCGAACAAACUCGGGGGAAAUGAAUGCAUCCCCUGAUGCACCAGAUGCUUGUUUCAGCUGCGCAAAAUUGUACCGGGAAGUGUGUUCACUCGAACACCUCAAUGUUUAUCGAGGGCCAGUAAGAUCUCUGUCAAGGUGGGUUUCUCCCGCAGGUUUAGAGCAUCAAAUAUACGUCGACCCUCUGAGCCGAGAUUCAAACGCAAAAGCUUUAAAGUGUCCUCCGUUUUCAGCGUCACGGAUGGAUUGAGAACUGGUAGCACAGAAAUACAGUCUGAAAAACCUCUUUUCCAGUCUUCCCAGCAUUCUGCAUUUGGGGUAACCGCAGAGCCAGUCCAGCACGGUGAAGGUGCAGUAGCAUGCAAAGACAUCGGUAACACGCGACGCCAAUUUGUUUUAUCCCGAAAAAGCAGCAGACCAGAGCAGCACCGGAACGUAUGUAUGGAAAAACUGUGUGUACAUACGCGCGUUACAAUUAAAUCGAUAGGCGUUCGAAUUGCAAUCAAUCAAAUGCAAGAGCACAUGACUG